AUGGUAAUGCACACCGAUGUGUCUGCUUGGGAUGUGCUUUUGCGUGCCGAAUUGUACUCAUUGCGUCGACAGGGCGCUUUAAAAAUUGGCAGUGCUGCCAAUAGUAGCAGUGGUGGCACAUUAGAUGUUAUACAAAAUCCACAACAACAAUUGCAACAACAACAACAGCAACAACAACAGCUCGAACAAAAUAACCACAAUCGACAACAGCAACAAUUAUCACAACAACAACUUCAACAACAGCUUCCACUGUUACACGAAUCCAACCGGCACUGUGCACGCUGUAACACAGAAUUGGGCCGCAUAACAAAUCGGGGCGCGCCGUGUCGGGUCUGUAAAUUACGUGUAUGUAAAGCUUGCCGCGAGUUUACCACACGCACCACGGAUUGGGUUUGUGUGGUGUGCCACAAGCAAAUGGAAAUACAAGCCGCAAGUGGUGAUUGGUUGAAGGACUAUACCCGUGGCUCUUGUGGAGCUGUUGAUCAUUUGCCUACCAGUGAUGUGCUAAGGAAAAGCAUACGACGUUCUUGGACAAUAUCAAAUCCCGAGGACGAUCCGAAUAAUCCUAAUCAACAAGCUCAAGUUGGCAAUAAAUUAUUUCCUCAACAGCAAAAUUUAAAUGAAACUCAAACCGCUGGCAGUUACCCGUCACUAAUACGCCAUCAACUACCACGAAAUCCUGUGAACUAUAAUCCCGGUAGCGGUAUUAUUGGCGUACAAUCAACAGACUAUCAUAUAAAUCCACAAAGACGUGUGUUACGUCAAUCUACUUUACCUAGCUCUUUACCAAAUAACGAUGCAAAUAAAAGUGGUAGCGGUGUAAACUUAGCAAAUUAUAAUAGUGUCAAUCUAACCGCGCCCACAUCACCGCAUCAAUUGCAGAAGAGUCCUUUGUAUCCGAGCGCAUACAAUAGUGAUGAUAUUAUACAUAUGAGCACUACAGAUUGUGAUAAUUAUACGCAACAAAUGCCUAUUAAUAUACAACAGCAACAAAGUGUGAUAAAUAAUCAAACUCAUCAUCGUUUACAGGUCCGUAGACAAUCAACCUUACCAGCGAAUCCAUGUCAAGCUCCUAUGUAUAUGUCCACAUCUCCAAAUCGCGGUUACAGCCGUUCACCAGAGCGUUCACCGGGUGAGCAACGUUAUCCACCAUUUAUACGACAGACAUCAUUUCCAUGCAAUAUGACAGAGCAACCACAUCUGGGUACAACAGCACCAACUUCUUAUGGUACACCACCACACCGAACUAAAAUUUUACCAUCUUCUCCAAACUAUCCAGGCAGUGCACAAUAUCAGCAACAGCAACAACAACAGCAAGCAGCACAACAACAAUUGUAUGACACACAAGCACCCGUAGAGGAUAUGGAUUACGUGCAACAAAUACCAAAGCCACGUAUGUUGCGACAAGCCACCCUACCCAAUCCAGAUCAACAUGUAAAAUUAUUACCAACCUCACCACCCAAACGCCAAACAUCUCCACAAUAUCGCCGCUCACCUGAGUUCAUGCGUCAACAAACUUUACCCAAUCCUGAAGCAUUUAGUGGUAACUCACUAACCGUACAUCCAGCUGGCGUUACAAAUGCCAACUCACCAGCUAAGUUUAUGCCCAUUUCCCCUCGCCAAAAACAGAACUUCCUCUUCCCAAAUGUACAAAAUCCACGUCAAUUUUUAUCCCAACAAAAUGUGCCAACUGUUGGCAUUGCAGAUACCAGCAGUGGCAGUGGAAGUGGAGAACAAUAUGCAAGCAGUCAGAGCGUAAACAUCCAUCGUGAUCAUGCCAAAAUGAUAAAAGUGCGAAGUCACAGUAAUGAAGAAUAUUCAAUCACUAAACCAUAUCAUCAUUCCGAAAAUAGGCGCAUCUUACCAGAGAUUCCCAUUAAUCGAAGUGUUAGUCGCUCUCCAAGUCGUCUUGUGCGGCAGGAUUGUGUGAAGGAUGAACAUAUGCGCACCUUUGGUGAAGCGAAACAACAAUUCAAUCAAUUUCAAGAUGUUACAGAAGAAGAUGAUAAUCGACCGGAAUAUGCUGAUUAUUUUGUUGACAGCUCCAAUAGUUUUUUGGAAGCAGACGAAGUGCAAUAUGAAAAAACAUAUAACACUGGCUUUAGCAGUGAGCCACGUAUUAUAUAUAAUGAUGGUUCAGAUGAUGGCAGCUAUAAUCAGUAUCAGCGACCAAUUGUACAUAGUUCAGAAAAUGUACUAACAGCACGUGGUUAUGGAUAUGGAUAUGGAACAGAUAGUGAUAGUUUAGCUGGGCACUCAUUGGGUGGUGGUAGUUUAAGUGCAAGUGGUGGUGCCUUACCGCGUACUCCACCACAGCUUCAAAACCGCUUAAGACGGCGACAGUCACGUGAAAUGCAAAUGCAGCAAGAUGAACUUAAUCAGUUGAAUAUGCAAGCAAACAAUGCUGGAGGAGGAGUUGUGCAACCAUUAGUUGGACCUAAUGUCAGUGUCACUAGUGCUCAGCAUGAAACACAUGAACGCCGUAAACCCGAACAAAUGCGUUCAGUAUCAGAAGAUUCUGGCGCAAAAAAUACCCCUAAACCGGUAACAAGACGAUCGUUGUCACACCCCGAAAAGGAGACUCAGGCUCCGAAAAAACCCGAACCAACGAAAAUACCAAGUCCAAAACCUUUAGCUGAUAUUUUGGAUAAAGUACGACAAAAUACGAAAAUACCAACGCCAAGGCGCAGAAAUAGUAGAGGAAAUAUUGCAACCGAAGAAGAAGGCAAUAUAAAAGCAUAUUUAAAUGAACGAAGAAAUUCUGAUUUAUCCGCAAAGACAUUAAACAAAAAACAGGAACAAAAUUCCGUUGAACAAAAAGGACAACAUCCGGUCACAAGCAAAUCCCAAGAGCAAAAAACCGACAUAAAUGCAAAGUCAAGCAAUGUUACAAAAGAUCAAAUGCAAACUGAAAAGAAAACUGACGACGACGAUGAAACCAAUAAAGCCGCCACAACAACGGAUCCGGCGACAAAGCAACACACCACAACCUUGGGAGAGCAGGAGAUACAAAAUGCAGUGGAGGCCGCUGCUGUUAUUUUCAAAAAAGUUGUGCUACAACGUCGUCAAGAGAAAAAGGCUGCCGAAGAGGAUAUUUUCGAUGUGGAAACUUCCUCUGAAUUAGAGUUUAAAUCAAUAACAUUUAAUCAACAAUACAAUAUGGAUGCCGAUGAAUUUAAGGACCGGAAACCAUAA